CAGACCUCCGGACAGCAGAACCUGCAGGAUCCAAACCAGGAGCUCAGACAUGGCCAGCUGCUCAGGAUGCGGACCAGGAUACAACAGUCCUCUGGAGGCCAUGAAAGGUCCUCGGGAGGAGAUCGUCUACCUGCCCUGCAUCUAUCGCAACACCGCCACCCUGAAACCAGACUACCUGGCCACCGUAGACGUCGACCCCAAAUCCCCGACUUACUGCCAGGUCAUCCACAGACUGCCGAUGCCGAACCUUCGUGACGAGCUGCAUCACUCCGGCUGGAACGCCUGCAGCAGCUGUUUCGGCGACGCCACCAAGAAACGAAACCGCCUGAUUCUUCCAUCGCUCAUCUCCUCCAGAAUCUACGUGAUCGACGUCGGGACGAACGCCAGAGCGCCGCGAAUGCAUAAG